AUGCCUCCAGUGAUGAUAGAGCCGAUCUCGCCGAAAUCUGGGCGACUCGUUUCGUUUCUUUUCGAGGGUGAUGAAACAGUCUCUUGUGAGGUGUGUCUCGAGCCCUUUCAACCCACGCAACGUCCACCAAAAAUCCUGCCUUGUGGGCACAACUUUUGCUCUCAAUGUCUCUUCAGCUUGUGCUGUCAUCAAGAAUACUAUUUAUUGGACUCGAUCAAUUGCCCGACGUGUCGCCGACAAUUUUCGACGAACACUGCAAAACAUGCGCCAACAAACUAUGAUUUAUGCAAAAUUCUCGAAAAUGUGCAAAAGGGUCGCGAGUUGAACAACAUUACCGUAAUCCAUGUGAGUGGGUUCGAAGAGAAAUUGGAGGCAGGGAAUGGAGAGAAAAAGAAAUGGAAAAGUUCGGAGAUCGAUCGGGAGAGGAAACACGCAAAAGAGUUAACUCUUGGCGACGAAAUGCGCAAGCUGUCCGGGAGUAAACGGGAGAAAAUCGCGAUUAAAAGAUGUCUCGAUUGCAAACGAAAAGUCACCACAAAGAAUCUGGCCAAGUUGGCAAGGCAUUGCGAGGAAUGCUCGGCGAACACGAGUAGUGUGAACUUUUCCUGUUUGGAGUGUUGUGUGAAUUUGCACAACGGUCAUCGUUUGUACUCGAUUCAGCAAAUGUGCGCGAUAAAGAUUCAGGUUCUAUCUGAAGUGCGCGAGAUUCGAAAUAAAACGCUGGACGCCGGGGAGCAAUUCGAGCGUCGUUUCGCCGAGUUGAGGGCAGCCGGUGCGCCGAUUGAUUGCCCACAAUUAGUGGCAGCUAAACAGAACUGCAUGAAUGAAGCCCUCUCUAAUAUCGAUGCAACGAUUCGCCGUUUGGAGGCAAAGAAGCUGCUCCCGGCGGCGAUGCUGAAAGUGAUCAGAGAAUCUCAAUAUGCUCACUACACCCGUGUCUCUCAAAUAAAUGCUCGGUUGGAGAAAAGCGUCGUUUUGCCUCAACCAGAAACUCCAGUUGAUGCAAAGAAAGGAUUGGGAAGACAACCCUCAUUCCUCUCAACCUCAGCCUCAUCAUCGCGCCUUCGACAACAAAAAUUGACAGUGAGAGGUGAUGAUUCUCUUGCGAGAGAAGCUCUUCACACGAUCACUCAUGUUCUACCACAAACGAAUGAAAAGGCUGCACAGUUGGCUGAGACAGUGAUGCGCUUCUCACCGCGAGACACCGUCGAACAGAGGAAACAACUCUAUCUCAACGCCACCACUCUUCUCACUCAGAUUUUAUACGAUGAUUUCAACUUGCCGACCCUUGAAAUGUUCAAAGAUGUCUUCUUGAAUUGCUUUUAUCAAUUGCAUGUUUUGAGCCGCAAGAAAAACGAUUUCGGUAGCGAGAAGAAAAUCACAAGAAAGGAGAUCUGGAAGGGGGUUCAAUUCGCGUACAACGAGUUACUGAAAAUUGCGUCAAAGAAAUUCGCGGCCGCUCACCCGGAGCGCAUCGACGUGAUCGACGAUCUCGCCUAUUUGUGCCAUUUGUUCGCCGACGUUUGUGAUCAGGGCACUGUCACAAUUUGCAUGAUCGAAGCGGCAAGAGCUCGGGCAUCGGACAGUCUCUUGGACGUGAGUCAACGAGAACUCGCUCAGCAAAGAUUGCAGCAAAUCGACGACCAUCUCCUCGAUUGUCGACGUGUUCAAAAGCUUCAUCAACUCCGCUCGAACACUGAGAAGCGAAAAGGGCUGAAAUCGUUUUUUGCCUGCCUUCGCCCAUCAACAAGUCCA